CAAUAAGCUGUAAGGGGCGUGUCUUCUCGUGCGGAAGAGAGAGUGUUUAGUGCGCAUGUCCGAAAUUAGCCCAGGAUGGCGUUCAUGCACCUGAAAGUUGUUUGCCGACCGCCAACAAAACCUCAGAAGAAGUAGAAGACAUUAGCCGAGAGCAUCAGAGGGAAAGAAAGAUCGAUAUGGCGAGUAGUAAAGAAACGAGUAAGCCGUGUCCUGAGCGAAAAAAAGCUUAUGAUAAAGCAAGAAGCAGGACCCGUGUAAACAUUGGGUCAGCUUUCCAGCGUUGGAGAGAUCUGAAGGAGCAUGAAGGCCUGCGAUCGGACGCAGAGGUUGCUUUUUUCCUUCUCGAUAGAUAUGAUAAAGUCACGUUUAUUUCCACACCCUAUAAGCCUGGUGCGUGUAAACCUCCUCCGUUAUCUGUUUCAAGCGUCAGCUCUCAAAGUGUUUCCGACAAGUAAGAUCAUUUGCUUAUGUACUUUGUUUACAAAAACAUUUUGUCAUUCAACAUGUUCGUUAAUUAAUCGGUUUGCUUACUGGAAGUGUUUGUGUUUUUCCGAUGCAAGAGAUGUGUGUUUGAUAGAAGGCGUAGAGAAGCUUGAUGAUACAACCCUUUCUGCCUCAGAAGUGAUGGAAGCAAGGUGUUUUACUACAGAAAAAAAUCACAGCAGUUGCAUGAACAGUAUAGACCAUAGUAUAGACCAUUUCACAAAAUGUAAACAGCACUGGUCCAGAAGCACUUCCUGUCUCAGUUUUUAACACUAGAUAAACAUUGGGCUAAAAUACAACCAACAGAACAUGUAGAACUGAAUCAAAAAGUUAAACAAAUAUGUGUUUACAUAUUUUGAAGUGGUCUAUAGAGAGUGACUUGAUAACACUUUCUUUACUUAUUUACUUUUCUGUAAUACAACGUUGUACUUUAGUCUUGAAAAUGGCUGUUAAAAUCUUUUUAACAGUAAUUGUUUAUUUGUAUCAUUUUAUAUAAGCUGACAGCCACUUUUCUCUUUUUUUUCAGUAUGUCAUCACUAAAUCUGAAUGAGGACACAGUCAGUGUGGAGGACUUCAAUGACAUCCAAAAUGCCACGCAAGUUACUUUGUUUUUAUGUCAUGCAUCCAAGCAUAGUUUAUGUAACAGUUUUGAUAUUUUUUGUUUGUUUUUUGUAGCAUUGACUGGGAGGAUCCAACAUGGUAUCCGGAUGAUGGAGAUGAUCAAGGUGUCACUGAGGAACUGUGUAGAGACACCGAUAGUGAUGAUCCAGAUUACAAUCCACACAUUUGUGUCCGCGCUGGUGGGUCUUUGCCAACACAGAACACACUUGAUGAUAUUCCUGAGAGGAGCAUAGAUGACACAGUUCAUGACAUAGCAGAUCUUGAUGACGAUGAUGCAGUUGCAGACUUGCCACCUUUUCCUGACCAACCGAAAGUUGUUUCUGAGGAUGACAUACUCGGUGUUCCAGCAUCAAUUGCAUACCAUAGCAGCUUGCAUCAGCUUGUACAGUAUCUCCAAAUACCUGUUGACACGUGUAAGAAAAUAGAACAACGCACCAGGCAGUAUUGCGGAGCAUCAAAACCAUUUCGAAUUGAAAUACGUUCAAGGGGCACUGCUGCAAUCAUUGAAUGGACAUGUCCUCGUGGUCACAGUGUGUGGAAGUGGACUUCCCAACCCUGCUUGAAGUUUGGAAUGAAUGCAGGAGACUUCCUUCUCUCUUCAAAUAUCCUUUUAUCAGGAAACAACUUUGCAAAAGUCGCACUGCUGUUCAAAUUCAUGAACAUAAAAAUGGUCAGCAGGACAUUAUUCUUCAGGAUACAGGACCACUUCUGUGUGGAUUCCAUUCAAAAGUUCUGGGAUAAUAAGAGAGAAGAGAGCAUUCACCAGCUUCAGUCUAAAGACAGUGUUGUUGUUCUGUGUGAUGGUCGGAUGGACAGUCCGGGAUUUUGUGCGCAAUAUUGCACAUAUACAGCCAUGGAGAAUGACACAAAGAAAAUCAUCUACAUAACAAACAUUGACAAGAGGGAGACUGCACGAAAUUCGGUUAUCAUGGAAAAGGAAGGUUUUCUCAGAACAUUUCAUACCCUACAACGCGAGGUCAAGCUGACGGAAAUGUGCACUGAUGCACAUACCCAGAUUUCAGCACUUUUCAAUCCAGCAAAGGGACAGUUGAGAGAUGCAGGAGUACAUCAUUCCCUCGAUGUGUGGCAUGGUGCUAAAAACCUCUCUAAAAGAAUACUCGCAGCAAGUCAGCAGAAGCAGUGCUCCAUUCUAUUGCUGUGGAGUAAAGACAUCUGCAAUCACUUCUGGUACUGCUGUAAGAUGGCAGACAACUAUGAUACAUUUUUUGACAUGUGGAUUGGUCUCCUCCAUCAUGUUACUGGUGAGCAUUCAUGGGCACUUGGUAGCUGCCAUCAUGGUCCCCUUACUGAGACCAGAGAGAGGAACUGGAUUGAGUCUAACUCUGUAGCGCAUCAGAAGCUUACAGAAUUAGUUCUGGAUGCACGAUGGCUCAAGGACAUACCCAAGUAUCUGCAUUUCAGAUCAACUGCGGAACUUGAGUCAUUCCACAAUCACAUACUGAUGUACGCCAGCAAACGCUUCUCAUUUACGCCCCCUGUGUACAAUGCACGCAUCUUGCUUGCAGCGCUGGACUACUGCCACCACAUCAACAGAUGCCCAAAAAAAACCGCAGAUGGCAAAAUUCAGUACGAAAAACUAUACAACAAAAAGUCACGCACAUGGCGCUUGCAGACUGUAAAACAGCCAAAGGACUACAGUUAUGUUCGGGACAUACAAGCAUCUAUUCUGCGGUCAAGACUCUCAUGUGAUGUUGGGAUACCACUUCAUAAAAAACCAAGGCAUCAAGACCCAAGAUUACUAGGACAUCUUUCCGGUGUGCCUCCACCCUCUACAGAAGAGCUAUUAAGGACUCAAGUCAGCAGGGGAAUAGGGCACUUGGAGGAACAGGACUGAAGAACAACCUUGUUCAGGAAUUCCAGAAGUGGCACAAUGUUACAACAAUUUUUUUUAGUGUGUGUGCAUUUGUAAAUAAUAAAGGCAAUUUAGAAUA